GCCUACGUGAAUCAGGAGCGAAUUGAGCAUUCAAGUAAAGCGACCAGAGAACAUGCCAACAACACGAACGGUUCAGACAAAACGGGUCUACGGCAAGCGCAAAGCGAACGCCCCCAGAGCGGUUUUGGAAAAUGGCAGUCCUCUCAAGGUUGCGGACAGCAGCGAUAGUUCUCUCGACAGAUCUGCGAAGUCUGGUAUUGAUGAGGAAACAACCAAGGAAAUAGAAGCUGGCCUUUCAGCAUUGAAUAUUGAAGAACCAAGUACAACGGAGCUGGAGGAGAAGGAACAACUACCACCCGCAACGCCAGCACUUCAAAAACACCGUCGAAAAUCUAUCAAAACACCACUGAACCGACUUCAAGAGAACUCAUUGAGACUGUUUUCAUCGCCAAAAUUCGAUGCGCUAGCAACCAUAAAGCCGAAGACUCCUCUCGAUCAGGAAAGGCAAAGGAGACUUUCCUUCACUCCGAGACAGCCACGGGCCAAACCACUGCAAUCAAGAAGACCGAUAACGCGACUAUCCUCAGGCUGCGUGGAAGAUGAGAAGUUAAACAUAUACGUCAGCCAGAUCCUCAACGAAGCAUUGUCCCCCUUCGCAGCGCAGGGCGUACAGAAGUUCAGCUCGUGGGCGGCGAGGUCCGAGAGUGCAUUUGAUCCCAUAAAAAUCGCCGAGGGUUCAUAUGGAGAGGUCUAUAAACUACGCUUGCGAGAUGAUCUAUGCAAAAAUGAGAUGUCAAAGUCGAAAGUUGGAAAAUUACGUGCUUACGGAGAAGGGGUCUUCAAAAUAGUGCCAUUGCGGGCACAGAAAGGACCCGGGUCCAAAAAAUUCACGAGCAUCGACGAAAUUACGGCUGAAAUCAAGCUGCUCAAACUAUUAGAUCCCAUCCCUGGGUUUGCAAGAUUCCGAGAAAUCCAUGUCGUUCAAGGCCGGUUUCCGGAGUCGUUUCAAAAGGCAUGGGAUAUAUAUAAGGAUACAAAAGAUGAUUGUAUGAAUCCAAAUCCCGCCAACAAAAGAGCAUACGCCAAUAGCCAGCUCUGGGCCGUUUUGGAGAUGGACGAUGCUGGAGUUGAGCUGGAAAAAUUCUCUUGGUCCUCCGUGUUUCAGAUCUAUGAUAUUUUCUGGGGAGUAGCGAUGGGCCUGGCAAGGGCCGAGGAAUUUGCUCUUUUCGAGCACAGAGACCUUCAUCUCGGAAAUAUCUGCCUUCAGUCGACGAGGUCGGACGGGGAUAUGCAGUCGCUAGCUGAGUUGGAUGCAGCCGCGUGGAAAUCAUCAAGCGGUUUUGGUAUCAGUUCCCUAGAGACUACAAUCAUCGAUUACUCGCUUUCCCGUGCCGAGCUACGGUUUACAGAUGACCCAGAAGAAAAAGUGGGAAUUGCUUCGUCUGAUCUGGAUAGUAAGCAACUUUUCGACGCCAUUGGUCGGGACGAGGACGAGAUUCUUCUACGAAACACAUAUAGAUACAUGCGCGCACAACUCUAUACCGGAAAUUCCCUGACCGUCGAAAAACCGCCAAAGAUAUCGGGAAUAUGGGCCGAGUACGCCCCAAAGACAAAUUUACUCUGGCUACUUUUCAUCCUCAAAAACCUAAUGAAACGUAUGGAACUCAAAGACUACAUUGAACAAGCAGAACAGAAAUCACGAGAACCUCUAAAGCCAUCCCACCAAAAAGCCAACCAGCAAAUCGAGCAUUCUACAGAGCCAACAAACGCCAAAUCAAGGCCGAAGAACCGUAACCCUGCUGUCGGUAACGUCCUGAUGUCUCUCCAGAACACUCUAAGUGGUCGGUUGAAAGAUAUUCUUGAAGUACUCGAUAUCGAGCAUGGAAGGGAGGAUAUGUGCUGUGCGGCGGAUUUGGUUGCGUAUGCGAUUGAUCAGCAAUGGUUGGAUGAAAGAGAUUUCUUUCUUUCGUAGGGGUUAUGAUAUUAUUUAUGAGUCGUACGAAGCAUAUAUAUAUAUACACAUUUGUGUUUUUUACAAGAAUAGGAUUGUCUAGCAUAAAUGGAGCGAGCAUGUUUUUAAUCCUGG